AUGGCUGCAAAGUUUAAUUCUACAUAUGUUCCACAAACAAUAACUAAUACCAGACUUCACUUUGCAGAAAUUAAUGAAAGAGAAACAAUAAAUUUAAUUAAUAAACUCUCUUCUACAAAUAGUGCAGGGAUAGAUGAUAUAAAUUCAAUAAUUAUAAAACAAUGCAGUGGAGAAUUAGCAAAGUCCAUCACCAAUUUAAUUAAUUCUUCUAUAAAAGAAUGCUGUGUCCCUGAUGAAUUAAAAAUUAAUAAAGUUAUACCAGUAUACAAGCGAAUUGGUGAUAAAAGUAAUUAUGGUUUCAUUAAACAAUCAAAUACUAAUACUGUAUUAUUUGAUGUAGUAAGUUAUAUACAAAGCCUUGUAUGUAAAAAUCAGAAGGUCGGUUUGGUUUUCUUCGAUUUGAGUAAAGCAUUUGAUUCUGUGGAUCGUAAGAUUAUGUUGCGCAAAUUACUUGAAUGUGGUGUUAGAGGCAAAGAAUACCCGCAAAUUCUUUAA